AUGAAGCAGCACUUGCUCUGGAAAAUGUCUGGCCUAUUUCUCAGUUAUUUAUCCCUGGCUUUUGGUCUGGUCCUAGCAAAGAGCAAGUCCUGGCGAGUGUGGGUAUUUGACAGCACCAUCAUUCCUGUCGUGUUCAUUGGACUUUGGGAAGCUUUUUAUUUGCAAAGUUCUAACGUCUCUGGCACUUUGGUUGAGUUGCCAGUAUACAGUCAGAUCAACAAGAGCUGGAUCGUUUCCAAUGAAAUUAAAUACAGCCAGGACCUGAUGCUGCUGGAUAAUAUUACGAAAUCACUAGCCCUGGUUUUCGGCUCGGUGGCCUUUUUUGUCAGCUGGAUUGAUGACCGAUACUCAGAGGUCCUCCGAUCAUGUUACAAGAACGCCGCCAUCUUUCUUUUCCUCAGCUGUGCUUGUACUGUGGGUACAGUGAGCUGGAAUUUUGCUGUGGACUUUCUUGGCCAAACCACCCUUAACUUUCCGCAAAACUUUCCUAUUGCUAAAGAAAUACUAAGAAAGAAACGCCUCUCCUAUGUGUUCCCACUAGGAAUCACAACUGCUUCUCUGUCACUAAUAAGUUCUGCUAUGUUCUUCUGGGAGAACUAUUUACCAAAAAGGCAGAAUGAAGUGGAACCCAUGACUGUCACCAGAGUUUCAGAACAAAAAGAUCUAAACCGAGGACUUUUAUUCUUCAAGUGGCUGCCAAGAGUUCUUAAAGAAAUUUCCUGUGUUCACGUGACAUUGCCAUAA